UGCACCUCCAGCUCCCCCCGGUGGUGGACAGUGGUCACUGCAGACCAACAUGGCGGCCCCCGUCAGGACGCUGUGCUGCUCAGUGUUGAGGAACUGCACUCGAAGCUUCAGCACAACAAGUGGAGCACAGGCUGGAGAGAAAUGGAGGAAAGAGCAUGGACUCGCUCGGAGCGGCACAGAAUACGGACCUCUGACGGAUCUACCUGACUGGUCGUUUGCAGAUGGAAGAGCAGCUCCACCAAUGAAAGGCCACAUUAGACGAAAACAAGAGAGAGAAGUUUUAGCUAGACGUAUCGUGAUGCUCAACGACGAGGUGGACAAAGGAGUCGAGAAGUGGAAGAACAAACAGGGCGAGGCCCAACGACUGGAGGAGCACAAGAAGUCUCUUUUAUUAAAACCCAAAGGGAGGCUACUACUGAAGAAGAAAUCUCAAAGUUCAAACUGACCAUCCUGUGAUGUCCUCAUGCUGAUGUUCAGCUCCGUGCACAGACUCAUGAGGAUGUCUCUGUUCUCCCCUGCUUUAUAAUUUCUGUUUGUCAGUGUUCACGGCCGUAUGAAAUAAAUGAUUUUCUAAUUGAA